UUGAAUAUAGAAUACGCAAUUCUCGACUGCGAAGAACUCAGGGAAAGUUGCGAGAAGACGACCCUGAGACUCGGAGCCAGAGGCGAAGGCAAAUUACGCAGACAAGGUCGUUACUUUCUGCUUCACUGUGAAAAUGAACGGCGGCCCGUCUGGUUUUGCUAAUGCUCCCGUCACAAGGACUGUCAUCAUCUUCUCGGCGCUUUUCUCAAUCUUCUUCGGGAUCCAAGGCCGUUUGAACAGUCUGGAUUUUUUGGGAAAGCUUCGUUCUUGGAAAUGGAUUCUGUCCAUCUUUGCCUUUUCAUCGACACCAGAAUUGAUUUGUGGGCUGUAUCUGCUUUACUAUUUUAGGGUCUUCGAGAGACAGAUAGGUUCCAAUAAAUACUCUGUCUUUGUCAUGUUUUCCAUGCUAGUUUCACUUCUGUUUGAGGUCAUUGCUGUAAAGCUCAUGAAAGAUCGUUUUGUGGAACAUGUCUCCUCUGGACCUUAUGGUCUUAUAUUUGCUGCAUUUGUGCCCUUUUUCCUCGAUAUUCCAGUUUCAACACGGCUCCGUGUGGCUGGUUUUCCCUUUUCUGAUAAGUCAUUCACAUAUCUAGCUGGUAUUCAGCUUCUUUUUUCGUCAUUCAAAGGGUCAAUCUUACCUGGAUUGUGUGGCAUCCUUGCUGGUUCGUUGUACCGUUUGAAUGUCUUCUAUAUCCGCAAAGCCAAGUUCCCACGGUCCAUUGCAUCACUCUUUUCACGGUUCUUUUCACCAUCUAUGGGGGGUUCUCGUGCUCCAUCAACAAGGAAUGCCGUAGGAAAUAGACCAUUCUAUUCAGCAGUUCGCCAAGCGGAGAGAAAUUACCCUGCUCCAAUGCAAUCAGUGGCGGAACCAUCAGAGGACUCAAUUGCGACGCUUGUUUCCAUGGGAUUUGAUAGGAGCUCAGCGAGGCAAGCGCUAGUGCAUGCCAGAAAUGAUGUCAAUGUGGCCACAAAUAUUCUACUGGAAGCACAGUCCCACUGAUUCCUUUAACAGCUGAAAUCCCAUUCUUCAAGCAUUGCCAUUUUGCUGAUUCUGACAUGAGGAUGGCUUUCAUUGCGGGGAGCUCCAGGUGCUCUUGACACUUGUGUUCUUGCCUCCAAAUUAACGUUGAACCUUGUAAUUAUUAUUGAUAAAGUAGUGAGAAUUAGGAGCCUGUACAAAUUACUCAUACCGUACUUAACGCUCGUUUUUGUUCACUUCCAUUUGCUUGCUAUUGCAGUAGGCUGCGGCUUGCAGUCGUUCUAAUUAUGACCUCUUUCUGUAAUGCUUCACUAGCAUAAUGAAUCUUGAAAGUGCUAAGAAGAUAGAUAGGUGCUAUUUGACAGUUUUAAAACUUGUUACAGAAUUUCUGAUUUAAAAUUUGCAAAUUAA